AUGGGUCAAGCGUAUUGUUCUUGUCCAAUUCCGGAACUUUAUUUUCCUUCAUUCGAUCAGCAAGUCAAAAUCUUAGAAUUACAAAAGGAUAUUAACGAAGUCUUUUCAUAUGUUGUAUCAAUAACUCAAAAGGUAGGAGGUCAAUUGGGUAUUCCACCGCAAGUUUUCUCCCUAAUCGGAAUACUUUCAAAUCAACAGGAAAUCAAAAAAGCCCUUCUAUGGGCGAAGAUUGAAGCUCGCCUUGCAGAAACUGCUGUAUCACAAUUAAAUGCUAAAAUUUUUGCUAUCAAACACCGUUUAGAUAUUCUCCAGAAUCCAAAUAUUACGAAAGAAUGUCGUCAAUUGGAAAUUGUUCCAGCAAUUCAUUCAUCUGAUGAAAUUUUAUAUCUUUUUGGUGACAAAUCUUAUGUCUUCUUUCGCUCUCCUGUAGCAACCAUGCCGUACCUUGCGGCAUUUCUCGCUGUUUACAAUGUUAUUCUACAAAUAGCUAUUGGAAUUAUUCCUAAUUCAUAUGGAGGAGUAGAAGAACAAAGAAGAAAGGAAGAAGUUCGACAAUUAAUUAAUCAAUACAAAAGCGCUUUUUGGGUAUCACGUUUUGCAGUUAUUGAGACAGUUACUGUCGGACAAGGAACAGAGUGGAAUAGUGAUGAUGGUGCUGUAAUUGACGCAUACAAUAGGAAAGAGGAUGAAGAGAUGCAAAAAUGUGGAUGUUCAGAAGGAAAGACAAGGUAUAUGGCAGCUCUUCGAUCUACUUAUGAGGCAUACUUUGCGACUAUUCUACAACCAUUUUAA